AUGGCAUUGUACAGAUUACCUGGAAUCCAUUUUUAUGCACUUCCACGAGUAAAUAGAAGAGCGGACAGAGUUUUUAGACGUGAAAUUGACAACAUUUUACAAUAUUAUGAUGAUAAUGAGCUGCGAAAACGAUACCGUUUCGGUAGGCAAACCAUCGUCUACAUAACCAAUCUUGUACGAGACGAAAUCAGUCCUGCAACUAAUCGUACUCACGCUGUUUCGGCCACCCACCAAGUUUUAAUAACACUUCGGUUUCUUGCAUCUGGCAGCUUCCAACAAGUGACCGGAGAUACUCUUGCAAGCUUGGAUAAGGCCACUGUUUGUCGAAUAAUACGUCGUGUUACUGUUGCUCUAUGUCGUAAGAUUAACCAAUUCAUUAAAUUCCCUCAAUCACAAGAAGAUCGUGACAUCGUGAAGCAAGGUUUUUACGAGAUUGCAAACUUUCCGUGUGUAAUCGGCUGUGUUGACGGCACACACAUUAAAAUCCAGGCGCCUUCAGAAAACGAGCCAGAUUUCGUAAAUCGAAAGAGGGUCCACAGUAUAAACGUACAAGGAAUCUGCGACCAUAAAGGGAAAUUUACCAAUAUUGUCGCCAAAUGGCCUGGGUCAACUCAUGAUAGCCACAUUUUUAGAACAUCAUCUAUUGGCCGCAAUUUAGAAGGGACCAAUUUUGAAAAUGGUGUUCUCUUAGGUGAUAGUGGCUAUGCC